AUAGGGUUUCACUUAGCAAAAUGGAGAAGGUGCAGGCUCGAAUCGAGCUUCUUGAGCCGCAGAUCCAAGCGGCUGGGAAAUCUUUUCUCUCUGCCCUUCAGAGUGGCAAUCAAUCUCUGGCGGAAUAUUGGCUGAAGGAGAAAGAGCGGCUGCAGAAGAAGGAAGAGCAGCUGUGGGAGGAAAAACUCUUCCUCCUCAAAUGUAAUGGUUGCUGGCUAUGGUGGCUUUUGGCUAUGCUGCCGGCUAUGGCGGCUCCCUUGUGGAUCCUUCUAUGGCUGUUGAAACCCAUGUGUUUUCUGUUGAUAGUUUUUUCUUCCAGAUCUAAUACUUGUUUUGUUCUGAAUGUUGCAGUGCCCCAUGAAAUCGGUGGAUAUGGUCCGUCUUUUGCUUUACCUGAGCUAACUUCGAGCGAUAUGGCAAGUUUGGAUUGCUUUCUGGAGGGCAAGGCUGGCAUACCCCGCUAUCGUGACACGAAUAUUCCGCGAUUUGGUGACAGGCCGAGCUUGUUGCUGCAUGGCCUACUAGCACACGACACUGAAAACUUCGACAAGUUCGUGAGCAGGGGUAGCAGGUUUUUAUUGGUGCCAGGAACAAGUGGAGCAGGAAAAACCAGGACUCUCUAUGCUCACCUGGCGAAGAACUUUGGUUUUUACUUCAUUUCCAAUGACCUGGGGAAUGGCGGGUCUGCAGACUUGAGGGAGGUGAUUGGUAUACUGGCAACGUAUCUGGGCGCGGAUCAAGUUAAGAACUAUACUAUAACUACCUUUAUGGUCACUGUGCUGCUGCUGGUCAGGAUAGUGGUCUUCCUCUACUGCAAAGGAAAGGAUAUAACUCCUGAGAAGUGGCUCAUGUUACAGGUCGGGUGCCAGAGGCUGGAACAGGACAUGAAACCAUUGAAAUUGGAUCCUUUCGCUGCUUGCACUCGGUUGGCUCUCGGCAGAUAUGGGCCUGUCCUCCAUGGCUCGUUAGUGGGGAUUGCAGGUUUACUGGGUCAGGCCAAAAAUGCCCUUUCAAAGUUGCUGGGAGGACAGCAGUUACCCCUGUUGGUAGUUGAUGAGGCACAGGAGCUGGUUAAGCUGUAUGCCGGACAGUUCCGUACAAAUAUUGAACCCUUCAAGGACCGACCAUUGGCAAAGCCAGUGUUGGAAACUUUGCUCUACCCAGGCAACGAAUCUCCAAUUCAUCAUGUUGUAUAUGCUGGAACGGGCUUUCUUCUGAGCUUCAGCCGUUUGGAAUUCAACAACUCGGUGGGGAAACCGUUCGUCAAAGAUGACGUGUACGAAGGUCUUGGUAGCUGGACAGAUUGGAAGCAGAUGGCAGCCUAUUCCUGUUGUAUUCUUGGGACAGCUUGGGAUGCUGAAGCUCAGGAGACAGUGAAGAAUGAGAUAUUUCCCUAUUUCAGGGGUCGGUUUCGCCCAUUUGCGACAUUGCUCGAGGAGGUGAUUAGGAGGGGCAAGCACAUCCGAUGGGUUUGGAACGACGUUUUUAUAGGACUGACAGCUCGCCAAGGAAUUCCAGGGAUACAAAAGAGCUACUACAGGAUACUUGCAGAGGUAGCAAGUGGACGAAGAGGGCUGUUGGGGGAGGUGGAUAUUCAUUUCUUUGUGGACUUGCUGCUCAAGGUGACCGUGCAGUACUUCUACUUUGGGUGGUCGUUCACGUGUCCAGUUUAUGGUGAUGAGCAGGAGAAUGAUUUACCUUUGACUCUUUUGGAGGUUGCCAUAGGAAGGGUCUACGGAAAGCAAAUGGUUAUAAUUGACGAGCCUCUUAUGCUGGUGGCGAUGCACAACUACUUUUUGGACGAAAAGAAGAUCACUGGAAAUAUGCUGGACACCCUUUAUGCUCUGAACAAUCCUUCCACAGGCAACUGGUGGGAGCAUCUGUUUCCGCUGGAGAUAAAGGAUUUGUGGGAAAAGCACGAGGGGAAACUGGAUCAGUUUGAGCUGUUUCAUGAUUUGGACCUGACACAAAAUUUGGAGGCUUUGAAGAGCAAGAAGAGUCGUAUUAUGGAAGGCUCUAUCUUUUACUUGGAUGGGGCGCCAAUGCCACCGGUGGUGAUCUAUAAGGCGAACAAAAACUACACUUGCCAUGACUAUUUGGCAAGUGAUGUGCCUGGUUGCAUGUUUUUGGUGGCCGAGCAUGCUGCAGGUUGUGACCUCAUGUUCAGAAUUCAGUUUGAGGACCAUACCAUCGUAUGGGUUAGUGUGCAACUCAAGCUGAGGAAGAUCUUGCCCAAUGCUUAUGAUGCUGUUUGCAAGGCAGAACCAUCACCAAAAUAUACUUGCAGGGGAGAGAUGUUGUGCCUGUUGGUUGCAUAUCCAGCAUCAGUGAACCAUCCACCAGUGGAGAAACAGAAGAUUGAUGGGCAGACUAGAUCUGUGGUUACAGUAGACAGGAAGAACGCCCACAAGUUUAUUUCACUGGACCAUUUGAAGAACCUUGAUAUUUUGAAAGUGGAGGAACGAAUGAUAUUUUGAAGUGGAGGAACGUAUGCUAAGCUAUAAUAAUAUGAAGACAGUCAGAUCUAGCCAAUGGCAAUUGUUAGAUGGAUGAUUGUCAAAAGGUACAACUAGCAUGUUGCUGUUAUGGGAAAAGAAGGAAAUUUAUUGUUGGCUCCAGCCAAAAUAAUGUUUAGGGCCUGGGCAUAAUGUUUUGCUUGCUUUUUCCAAUUGUCUCAUAUUUGUCUUAAAUCCGUGAAUAACCACUAUUGGCGACUGGAGCCUCAUGUUGU